CACUGCAGCGUUGGCAAGGAGUGGUCACAUCGACCAUAUCAGCAACACGACUUUCCGAGGCUAACGUUAGCUUCCGAUGCUAACUGAAAGUUCACACCGUGAGCCGCGGUGGUUGCAUUGCCCGCCUGUGAUAGCGGAUUCAAACCGGGCCUUGGUACCAACGGCUAAAACAGACAAUGCCGUCUAAAUUAGCUUAAAAGGCCGCUUAGCUGAGCACACGCCAACUCCAGCUCUUGUGGGCUAAUCUGUGUUUGCUAUGCUAACGCUAGCCUGCUUGUCUCCUAUGUGGGUUAUUGUGAUGCUAACGUAGCAAGACAGCCAAACCAGGUCACACGGGUGCCGAGCGAGCAUUGUGGCCAACCGGGGCUGAUUUGAUCUCCAACAUUGUCAUUUAUCUGGUUCUGUAGCGUUUGCAAAACCACCGAGUAACUCAGCGCCCAAAUGCGUGAGUCUUUGUUCGUGAGAGUCAUUUUAUACCAGCGUGUUUUUGUUACUGGCUCGGUGUUCAACUAACGCUGCCAACUCGCUUGCUCCUGCCCCAGAUUUGAUGUAUUACGUUGGCAAAUCAAUUCAGGACUGUAUGUGGGAUUUUGCUUGUUAGAUCGGGGACGGCGCAAUGUAAGUGCUGCCGGUUCCAGAUGGUUCAGGCCGAAGUCUGGUAGUCGGGAGAGGAGGGUUUGGAGUUCACCAGGGGGCAUGGCAACGUAACGGUCAGGCGGGUUCAGAACGCUGAAGUUAGGACCGGGUUUAGUUCCCUGGUCAUAUACAUUUACUGCGGUCUGACCUAGUUAAUGCUGCUCAUGGUGUCGUCUCAUUUUUUUAAGUCUCUGUUUGUCGGAAGCAGACAAGUUUUAUCAGGAGAUUUCAUCACCUCGUUCCCAGAGGGAAGAGUGUCGUUUAAGUUCAUUCCUCCUCGUUUCUGGGCUUGGUGGUUCGGUGACCUUCUACACAUGAGCAGCUAGAGCUCGACCUCUGACCUAGGCGUGAUCUCUCACCUCUUCUACCAAGCCACGCCCGCAGGUGAAGUGUGUAUGGAGCAGUGUGAGAGCGCAGCGGCUCUGCUGGAGUCGGUCAGGGAGCAGGAGGUGCAGUUUGAACAGCUGACCCGGGCGCUGGAGGAGGAGAGGAGGAGAGUGGGCCUCCCUGCCACCAGCCCCUCUGCCCUGGGUCGCCCCCUCCCUCACAUGCAGAACGGGCGUUUGGGGGAUGCAGACAUAGAACGACUGAAACUGACUGACUCAUACAUAAACGGCACACAGUACAGGAUGGUGGACCCUGCACACGGAGCUCUAGAUGAGAGCUACACACCAGAGGAUGACUCCCAGGAAGUACACUCAGUCUUCUCUGACGAGGGAACCACGCGCCGUGCAGAGACGACUCUCCCUCAGAUGAAGAAACCAGUGUCACGCACGGUCCUGCCCUCUGACUCAAUGUCCAUUGACGGGGGCUUGUCUGUGUCAGGCAUGGGCGGCUACAGCGCCACCCUGGACCGUCCUUACAGGCAGGCUGGGGCAGGAGACUACCCCACUGCCACAGUACCCAGAAACUACCACUACGGCCCGGUAGGGGGUUAUGAUGACUACCGGGGUGGCCCGCCGUCAGAAGCAUACACUAGUCUGAGCAGGGGCUCACACAUGGAUGAUCGUUACAGGCCUGUUGAUGGUUACAGGACUCUGGAUUCUGGCUACCGGGCCCCAAGCCGUCAGCAGCUUGACCCCUACGUAGCACAGCCCCAGGUGAGUCGGGGAAUGAGGGCCCUGGGCUCAGCGAUGGAGAUGCGUUAUGGCCAUGGCCACUACGGUCUGGAGGAUGACCAGCGCAGUGUGGGAUAUGACGACUAUGGCAUGGGGCCUCCACCCAUGCACCCUGGAGGCUACGGUACCAUGCCACGUCUGGGUCUCGGCCCUGGGGGUAUGGACAGAAGAAGACUCAGGAGCUGUGAAGACACUUUGGAUGGUGACAUGGGAGGAGUUGACCCGUAUGCCUGGGGAGUUCCCAUGACAAUGGAGAGGGGGAGCAUGGCGUCACUGGACAGCACACUGAGGAAGGCUCCUCCAACCUCAUGGAGACAGCCUGAGCUGCCGGAGGUCAUCGCCAUGUUGAACUACCGCCUGGAUCCAGUUAAGACCAAUGCUGCUGCCUUCCUCCAGCAUCUCACAUUCAAAAAUGACAAGGUUAAAUCAGAAGUUCGUCGCCUGAAGGGUAUCCCAUCCUUGGUGUCAAUGCUGGACCAUCCCAGCAAGGAGGUGCACCAUUCAGCCUGCGGAGCACUAAAGAACAUUUCAUAUGGGCGAGACCAUGACAACAAGAUUGCCAUCAAGAACUGUGACGGAGUGCCCGCUCUGGUCAGGUUACUGAGGAAAACCCACGACCAGGACCUCACUGACACUAUCACAGGCACCUUGUGGAACCUCUCCUCCCACGACUCGGUAAAGAUGGAGAUUGUGGACCACGCCCUGCACGCCCUAGCCGACGAGGUGAUAGUUCCCCACUCGGGCUGGGAGCGGGGGAGCAACGGCGGAGAGGAGAGCUGCAAACCACGCCAUCUGGAGUGGGAGACCGCCUUGACCAACACUGCUGGCUGCCUUAGGAAUGUGAGUUCAGAACGCAGCGAGGCCAGGCGAAAGCUGAGAGAAUGCACAGGAUUGGUGGAUUCGCUCAUGUACAUUGUCCAAUCACAGAUCAACCGCAAAGAUGUGGACAAUAAGUUGGUGGAGAACUGUGUCUGCCUCCUGAGGAAUCUGUCCUAUCAUGUUCACCGUGAAGUCCCCGGCUGUGAACGCUUCGCUGAGACCACGCCCCUCAACCAGGGACCGGCCCCCGCCAACAAAGGCGGCUGCUUUGGCUCUCGAAAGGGCAAAGAUGAGUGGUUUUCCAAAGGAAAGAAGGACGGUGAUGAUGGAAGUGCAGAUCAGGUGGAUAUUCCAAAGAGGACAACACCUGCCAAAGGUUACGAGCUGUUGUUCCAACCAGAGGUGGUUCGUGUUUACACAUCACUGCUCAGAGAGAGCAAGAACCCCUCGGUGCUGGAGGCUGCUGCUGGUGCCAUCCAGAACCUGUGUGCUGGCAGAUGGACUUAUGGUCGAUACAUCCGGGCCACUGUGCGUCUGGAGAAGGGUCUUCCCAUGAUGGCAGAACUACUGGCUCAUGGCAAUGACCGUGUGGUCAGAGCAAUGUCUGGAGCUUUGAGAAACCUCGCCAUUGAUAACCGCAACUGCGAACUGCUCGGUUUGCAUGCAGUGCCUCACCUUGUGGCCAACCUGCCUGGAGGCCAGAGUCAGUCUGGGCGCACUUUAUCAGAGGAGACGGUGGUAUCUGUACUGAGCACACUCACCGAGGUGCUAGGCAACAGUCUGGAGGCAGCAAAGACCCUCCGAGCCUCGCAGGGUAUUGAGAGGCUGGUCCUUAUUAACAAGGACGGCAAACGUUCAGAUCGUGAGGUGCGGGGUGCGGGCCAGGUGCUGCAGCUGGUCUGGGCCCAUAAGGAGCUCCGUCGGCCUCUUGAGAAAGACGGCUGGAAGAAGUCAGACUUUAUGGUCAACCUCAACCCUAACACCAGCACCACCAAUGGCCCGAGCACCCGAUCUAACGGCACCUAUGAAGACAGCACCACACCACUGCUGGACAGAGGGGAAAAGAGAGACAUGAUUCCACUAAAUGACCUUGGGCCUGAGGCCUACUCUACACUGGACCAGAGGGAGAGGAGACACACUCUGGAUGAGACCACAGACACUUUACCGCGAGGGGUGUAUGGGGGCAGAAAGGGCUCCCUGCCUCUGUUGGACUCCUACGAUGGUUAGCCCUCCCCCUCCCCCUCUACCCCCUCUGCAUGUAACAGCAUGAAAAACUGAUAGUGUGCAUCACCCAGACUGGGCCGUCCCUGCCCUACCACUGCUACUGAGGAGAGAAGAUCCAGAUGCACAGACUCUCUCUCCCUCUCGCCCCCCCCCUCCUUCUCUUUCUCUCCUUCUAUCACCACGCAGAUGGGAUCAGAAGAUGAGGGUUGGCAUCCAAAGAAAGCGGCUGUGUUGCAGGCAAAAGGUUUCGUGCAGCACACACGUCCAGACACAUACCUACUUUUUAGCAAAUUCAUUCAAGUGUAGCAACAAAAAAUAUAUUCUGUUUUUAAAUUAUAGUUCUUCUGUAAAGGCAAUCACCUUUGUUGACAAUCAUUUUAAUUCUGGUGUUGUCAUCCUGCUUGUUUUUAUUUCUCCUUGCUGUUGUCAACAUUUUUGGUAAAUUUCGUCAUGGUCGACAUGUUGCUGCCAAUGCCCACAUCCUAAUGAUGAAUUUGUACGUAGACUUCUAUGUAGGGUAUAUACUGUAUAUAAAAAGAAAAUGGGAUGACUGCAUUAGUUUUGGCUCAUUAAUUUAAAUUGUCCCUACUGGAAUUGUUGGGAGGCUGGGGCGCGCCGUCCGAGCCGGUGGCCGCCCUGUAGAUUGAGAAUGUUUAUAUAGGAGUUAUUUUCCUGUCUAGAGUUAUUUUCUCUCAAAUGGGAUGAGCACAGGUGUAGACAAGAGAGGGCAGGUGUGUGUAUAUUUGUCAUACAGUAAACCUGUGGCCGUGUGUGUGUGUGUGUGUGUGUGUGUGGGGGGGAAAAAAUGAAUAUGGACCUUUUUGAAUGAGUGUGUUUUGUGUGUGUGCACGGACCAGACCCAUAAGACUACACGUUAUUUCAUCUGUUCAUGUCGUCUGUUUUUAUCGUGUGCUCCUACUCCUGUGACAAAGCAUUUUUUUUUGUUUUAUUUUAUUAGUUUUUAUGUACCAGCUGCCUCUUUUUGUGUUUGAUACCUUAAUUUCCAGCUUUUUUUUCUUUUCCCCUGUGGAAAAAAUGACAGUUUCAGCUGCUGUGCUUUGACUUUAACCAGUAGAACACAUUAAACCUGUUUCUGAAAUGUGAAGCUAGGAACAUACACCACUAAAUCUCUAAAACAUUCUGACAUCCUGCUCCAGAAACCAUUCCUUAAUCUACUAAAGGUUAACACUAUAGAAACAACCUUUUUCACUUCUCUUUACACUAAUAUUCUUCUCUUUCAGUCUGAUUAGUCUGCAAACUUUUAAAAGAAAAUCACUACUUGCUUAUUUUUUAGCGAUUUAGAUGUUCAUUUGUGCACAUUUGAGCUCAUGUUGUGCAAUUUUACAUAAAAACUCUGGGAGGCUUCUUCACUCAGAGGAGACUCGAGUUUUAACAGACAGAUCGGGAAGAGAUGGAUAAAAAGCACAUUUUGAUCCUGUUUUUUUUUUUAAACUUUUUUCCGUCUUGUUUGUAUUUUAUUUCAGGGUUUGUUUGUAAGGGGGCGGUGGGUGACAGCAUUAUGCAACGUGUUCUACUUUUUAGUCCCAGUUUUACCGCUGACUUGUUUUAAAGGCAAAAGAGACCAAUCAUCUUUGUUUUUCUUUUCUUUUUUUUUUCUUUUUUACUCUCCACACACAUAGUAUAUUUGUACUGUUGCCUAUCCAUGUAAAAUUAUAAUGUACCAUUCAUACCUGCCUUGGCUCUGAGAAGUUGCUUUUUUCAGUAAAGUAUGUAACUGGUAAUACUGUUGUUUUUAUAAAUAAAGAUCUUUUCUUAGACAA